ACGAGUUAGGGGUGUGCACAACGGUCGCACGGGCUACGACAGUAUAAAUCUAUUCCCUUUCAUCAGCUGAACUCCAAACAACCCUCUUCACACGACAUCUCGAACGACAUGCCUUCCGACUCAAAAAGAAGCGGUAGCUACCACGAUCACGACGGCCGCUAUGGGGGGAACAGCACGAAGUCCUGGGUGUACGCUGAUCAAGGUGGAGAUGAUCCGACGUAUCAGGAGCCUAGCACUUACAGGACGCAACCGCACUCAUCUCGUGAACAUCGUACUCAGGACUACCCAUCUUACGAUGGACGUACUUACGACGAAUCGUACCGCGAGCGCGACGAGAAGCGGACUUCAGCGCAGCAAGAAUACUAUGACCGAUAUGGCCGGGGCGACGAGGAGCAGAGUCGUCUUCGUAGACGAGAGCGCCGAGGAGAAGAGGAAGAGGAAGAGGAAGAGGAGGAGGAAAGCAGGUUUAGCUGGAAGAGGGCGGCUGCAGCUGCGGCAGUCGUAGGUGCGGGCAUGUACGCCAUGAAGAGGAUCGACGAUGACUACGAGGAAGGCAAGAAGGCACUACAAGCGGAGGACGAGAAAGCCGAACGCAGAGAGGCUCGCAGGCUGCGACGUGGGCAAGAAGCGGAAGAGGAGGCUCGAUACCAAGAGGAAGAGGCUGAGAAAAGGAGGUACGAUCAGUACGAGCAGGAGAAAGAGGAAAGGCGUCGCCGUCGUCGCCUUGGGUACUAGUACGGACGUGGCACGUAGCGUGAACGCCCGUGUUUCAGCUCAAAGCC